ACCAGUAUUGGGAACCGUCCAUAGGCGGGGACAAUAGUGGGCCUGUCUCGUGCGUUUCGCUGUGUAGACUCUGGGUAAUUUAGCUGUUUUGGACUGACUUUCACCACACUUUAUUUUAUUUUGGACAGCUUCAUACACAGACGUUAUAUCAUAUUCCACUGGAUAACGUUACUUACAUGGAAUAGUUCUGGAUCCAACUCACAUUUUUGUUUGUUUCUUUAUGGAUGGCAUGGCUUUUGAAGGAACGUGAUUUUUCAUAAGUGUUUACAAACUCGUGGGAAAUUCCAAACAAAGUUACUGUUCAAGAGAAGUUUAAUUCCGAAGAUGGAUCAGCAGGCUGCUGGAGGGGAGGACCCAAAUAAACCCCCCAAAAAGAAAUCCAGUGAGGAUGAGAGCAAAAACAAAAAACUGAACAUACACAUAAAAACAUUGGCUGAUGACAUGCGUGACAGAAUCACCAGUUUUCGAAAGCAAGGCACGAAGAAGGAGAAGCUUCUUAUCCAGCACCCCACAGACCCUAUCUCCUUCCAGACCGAGCUGCCUGUGCCCCAGCCGCUCUUCGACGAUCGCUCCAUGAACCUGUCAGAGAAAGAGAUCGUGGACUUGUUUGAGAAGAUGAUGGAGGACAUGAACCUGAAUGAAGAGCGUAAGGCCCCCCUGCGAGGGAAGGACCUGAGCACUAAACGGGAGAUGGUGGUCCAGUACAUUUCUGCAACAGCCAAAUCUAUAACUGGGAGCAAAGUUGCGGGUGGACUGAGGAACAGCAAGCACGAGUGUACUCUCUCGUCACAGGAGUACGUGCACGAGCUGCGCUCAGGCAUCUCCGAAGACAAACUGCUCAUCUGCCUGGAGUCCCUGCGCGUGUCCUUGACCAGCAACCCCGUCAGCUGGGUGAAUAACUUUGGCUAUGAAGGUCUCGGGCUGCUUUUGGAUGUGCUGGAGAGGCUUCUUGACAAGAAACAGCAAGAGAACAUUGACAAGAAGAACCAGCAUAAACUCAUUCAGUGCCUCAAGGCCUUCAUGAACAAUAAGUUUGGCCUCCAACGGAUCUUGGGGGACGAACGAAGCCUCCUCCUCCUCGCAAGGGCGAUCGAUCCUAAGCAGACUAAUAUGAUGACUGAGAUUGUCAAGAUUCUGUCAGCUGUUUGUAUCAUCGGAGAGGAGAACAUUCUGGAUAAGAUCCUGGCAGCCAUGACCAUUGCUGCGGAGAGGAAUAAUAAGGAGAGGUUUGCUCCGAUAGUGGAGGGGCUGGAGAACCACGAGGCCCAGCAGCUACAGGAGGCCUGCAUGCAGCUGAUCAAUGCCCUCGUUACAUCGCCAGAUGAUUUAGACUUCAGGAUACACUUACGAAAUGAGUUUCUGCGCUGCGGCCUCAAGAAGAUCCUACCAGAGCUGAAGGAGACAGAGGAGCUCGACAUUCAACUGAAGGUGUUUAAUGAAAAUAAGGAGGAGGAUUCCAUCGAACUGUCUCACCGACUGGAUGACAUCCGCGCAGAAAUGGAUGAUAUGGGUGAAGUGUACCAUCUCCUGUCCAACAUGGUGAAAGACACAGGCUCAGAACCUUACUUCCUGUCCAUCCUCCAGCACCUGCUGCUCAUCCGGAAUGAUUAUUAUAUCAGGCCUCAGUAUUACAAGGUGAUCGAGGAGUGUGUGUCCCAGAUCGUCCUCCACCGCAAUGGGAUGGACCCUGAUUUCGCCUACAGGGAGCGACUAGAGGUGGACUUCAGCCUUCUCGUCGAUCAGUGUGUGGAUAAAGCCAAGGUGGAAGAGAGCGAGCAGAGAGCGGCUGAAUUCUCCAAAAAGUUCGACGAGGAGUUCAGCGCACGGCAGGAAGCGCAGGCUGAGCUGCAGAAGCAGGAGGAGAAAAUCAAAGAGCUCGAGUCUCAGAUCAACACCCUGCAGGCCCAGUUGAUUAGUGAGAGAGACAAGCUAAGGGAGGCAGAAAAAAGCAUCAGCGAAAGAAACAGCAAGGUUGCAGCAGGACCUGGAGCAGCCGGUGCUGUUCCUCCAGCACCACCACCACCACCAGGAGGAAUUGCACCUCCACCUCCUCCACCACCUCCUCCUUGUCCUGCAUCUCUAGGACCUCCACCUCCUCCACCACCUCCACCUGGCUGUGGGCCGCCACCACCGCCUCCACCUCCUGGAGGAGGCCCUCCCCCACCACCUGGUAUGCCUUUGGCUCCUCCUCCGCUCGUUGCACAGCUGCCUUACGGGCUGGUGCCCAAGAAGACCUACAAACCUGACAGCGUCAUGAAGAGGGUGAACUGGUCCAAGAUAGUGCCUCAGGAGAUGGCGGAAAAUUGCUUUUGGCUCAAAGUCAAAGAAGAGCGGUUUGAGAGCCCGGACAUGUUCAGCCAGCUUUCACUGUCCUUCUCUUCUAAAUCCAGAGUGAAAAAGGACGUGGAAGAAACAGAUGACAGGAAAACGCAAUUCAAGAAAAAAGCGAAAGAGCUGCGAAUUCUGGAUGCCAAGACAGCCCAGAAUCUGUCAAUUUUCCUGGGUUCAUUCCGGCUGCCUUAUGAAGAGAUACGGGAUAUCGUGCUGCAGGUGGAUGAGGAGAGGCUAAGUGAAGCACUAAUCCAGAACCUGAUCAAAAACCUUCCGGAGCAGAAGGAGCUGAGCAAUCUGGCCGAGCUAAAGAAUGAAUACGAGGAGCUUUGUGAAUCAGAGCAGUUUGGAAUUGUGAUGAGCUCAGUAAAGAUGUUGCGUCCCCGACUUAACGGGAUCAUCUUCAAGCUGACGUUUGAGGAGCAGGUAAACAACAUCCGGCCUGACAUCAUGAAUGUGACAUUCGCAUGCGAGGAGGUGAAGAAGAGCGAAGGUUUCAGCAUGAUCCUGGAACUGGUGCUGCUGAUCGGAAAUUACAUGAACUCUGGCUCCAGAAAUGCUCAGACAUUCGGCUUCAACAUCAGCUUCCUCUGCAAGCUUCGUGACACCAAGUCGACAGACCAGAAUACAACUCUUCUGCACUUUCUGGCUGAAAAAUGUGAAGAAAAGUAUCCUGAGAUCCUGAAGUUCCCUGAUGAGCUUGAGCAUGUUGAAUGUGCUAGCAAGGUAUCUGCCCAGAUCCUGAAAGCCAGCCUGGACACAAUGGAACGGCAUAUUCAGAGGCUGGAGAACGACAUCGAGAACUUCCCCAAGACUGAAGACAAGCAGGAUAAGUUUGUUGAAAAAAUGUCAGGCUUCUCCAAGCAUUCGCGAGAGCAGUAUGAGAAGCUCUCCACCAUGCACAAGAAUAUGCAGAAGCUCUACGAGAGCCUAGGGAGCUACUUUGCCUUCGACCCCCACACCGUCAGCAUCGAGGACUUCUUCGGAGACCUGGCUAGCUUCCGCAACCUCUUCAUGGAUGCUGUGCGGGAGAACCACAAGAAGAGGGAGAUGGAGGAGAAGAUCAAGAGAGCCAAGCUGGCAAAGGAGAAAGCUGAGCGAGAGAAGCUAGAGCGACAGCAGAAGAAGAAACAGCUGAUUGACAUGAACAAAGAAGGUGACGAGAUGGGCGUGAUGGACAACCUGAUGGAGGCCUUGCAGUCUGGAGCAGCCUUCCGUGACCGCAGGAAACGAACCCCACGCAACGGUGAUCAAAGCCCUUCCUGUUCUGCACCUUGGUGGCCGGGUGCUAACCAUGACAACCGUCGCACUGGUUUGGAAAGAUCCCGUUCGCGCCACAAUGCAAACCCUAUGGUCCGAUGAUCGCUUGCCGGCUAAGGACGUUUGCCAAGUGCCAAAGACCCAAGAGUGGGGACAACACUGAGGAGGGCUGAAAAGGGAUGGAGAGAGAGCCCACACCCACACGUACAUGCAUACAGAACGCAGAACAAACCUCAAGAUGUGUGUCACCGCUCCAAACACGUCAUCACAGGAUCACUUGACCCUCACUCCUCUCUGAAGCCUUAUAUACUACUUGCUCUUUGUGCAUAGGGCCUAUUCAAUUUAGCCGUGUUUGUUUGUAAUUUUCAUGAUUACACCGGUUCUGUUUAUAUCUCAGAACACCUCACAACGCUAACUCCCCUGAUCUGGCUCACGUCCACCUCGCUAUCUGCAAACAAUCAAUGAUUGGCUGCUGUUUGAUCCCUCGCUAUUGGAUUUUUUCCAACAUACAAACACACUCUUGAUGAAAAAAGGCCUAAAGCCACCAUAAAGGACUGCGUGAUUCUGUAUGCAUAUCAGCAAAGGGACUUCAUUUUGCUGUUGAUUGAACAAAACCUUGACUUGACUGAUUCUGCCUGCCCCUUUUUCUUUCUUUUUUUCCUGUUUCCAGUCCCACCAUCCGUCGUAUAACCUCCGACCACCCCCUCUCUUUAUAUAUUACAGAUCCUAUAUAUGUAGCAACAUGAAAAAGCUGCUGAUAUAAGCUUCGGAGCUACCGUGUGUACGCAUUUGUGCUGUGUAAGAGCUGCCAGUGCCACAAGGUACCUGAGGUGGUUGAAAGAUAUUGCUCUUUAUCUACGGUAAACACUUCAAACAUUCGUCGACGUUUCUCUUGCAGAGUCAAAGGUUUAAUUAAGUGAGGUAUGUGAGGCAAAUGCGAAUCAAAGAGGUGCCAUUCAUUUCAGUUUUCAAAAAUGUCACAGGAUUUCUUCGCGAUUUCUUUGUAAGUCACUGUGCUUUUAGCUUUAAGCCCUCUCGUAGAAGAGUAUUUUAGUGAACUGUAGCUUAGUGGGUUUUUUUUUUUCAAGAUCCACCGGUCAUCUUUAAGAGCUCUCUCUCACUGACCUACUGCAUUUACCUCACCAUCUCGGUGCUGUCUGAUGUUCAAAAACUGUCUAAAACAUUACAAAGUAUCGAAGUUCAUCUUUCACAAUUUGCUAAAUAUGUAUUUAUUGACAGUUUGACAGAUUUUGCCCGAAGCCUUUUAUAUGUGAACAGUGACCCAAUUCCAGUGAGGAGUCUUCUUGGAUACGAAGAGGACAUACACCCAUAGACAAUGUUCAUAAUGGUGACUAUCUUCAUGUGAAAUCCAUUAGAAAUCCAUUUUCCAUAAUGUUUUCUGCCCCCCAUGUCCAUAACACUGCAGUCUGUUGUGGGUAUACUGGUACAUGCCACAUUGAAACCUUCCACAUUUGUAAAUGAGGGGAAACUUUUAAGUUUGCACACCCAUUACAAGCAUAUACAGCCAUAGUGUGGUGCAGAACACAGUACUGUUAAACAAACCACUGUUAGCCAGGCUUUCUCCUCACACUGUGUUUGUCAUACAUUCUCUCAGGAGAGAGAGGAAAGGUCGAGAUGCAACGAAACACAAUCCAUUGAUUUGCUUUUCUAAUUAAAACUGCCCUUUGAAUGGUUUCCAACACAACACAACAGAAGCUGUGCUCGGCUCUCAUGGCUCUCACUAUUGGUUAUUUUAAACUUAUGUUAAGGGUAAUUACAGCAUCCACACACUGUCAGUGCAGACACCUCCAACAUGCAUUGUUAUUUCCCAGUCGGAAUCCAGGUACAUACAUUAUGAGUCACUGGCAGAGUCACUGGCACCAGAUAAUUCAUAAUCUUUCUGGGUAGAAAUAUAGGUUUUUUUAGGACUUUUGAUAAAUGUGCAAAACGUUCCUUUCGCAAGGAAAAAAAAAGUUACUUUACUAAGAUUUCAUCCAUUAAAUCACAGUAAUAUUUUCAAUAUGAAAGUAAAUUGAUAAACCACAUUCACAAGACUGAAACUUGCAGCAAUGCAGCCGUUCAAGACUCUGAAGAGAAAAAGGGCUUAGGGAUGUCAUUUUUUACAGCGCUAAUGUCAAAUGUUUAUAAAACAUUGUUCAAAAUUUUUACAAUGUAAGUUAUUUUUUUUUUUUUUGCCAGUGAUAUUCCCCUCCUCCUGUGAUAUUGGUGUUAAACUUGUGCAUUACUAUAGGCUAAUAUAUAUGUGUCGUGUAUUUGAUAGAAUAUAUCCUAAUGCAGGUUAGAGUCUGCAGGUGACUGACUGUGUAACAUUUAAAAUCCGAUCCAAUAUUUUAAUUGGAUGUUAGGCAGAGACCAGAAGCAGGCAAGAAAAUCAGAUUUUACUAGUGCCAAUUCGGGUCCUCUGCUGUCUCAUUUAUUCACAUUUGUUCGUUAUUCUCGGUUCAGACUGUAUGAUGGUGCACUUUAACUUGUUAAAUAUAGACCUGGAGCGAUCUUUUAAUUUGUGAUUUCUUUGCAUUUCAUUGCCAAAAGAGACCGCUUGCAUGUACAGUAACCAUUCCUGACAUGUGAUUCAAUCUCCAUUCUCUCCAAAGUCUCCUCCAGUUCUCUCUUAUUCCCUCUCACUGUAAUUGGCAUUUAAAACAAGUUCAAAGAUAAAUGGGUGAGAAAAACUGUCUCAGGACAUUGUUUUAUUUUUUAGGUAAAGUAGGACUCCAUAACCCUGCCUUCUUCUUUUUCUUCUUUUAUUUUUUCUUGACAUUUGUUUAUUGUUGUAUAAGCAGUUUAUAUUUGUAACAUCUUUUAUGUUUAUUUUUAUCUGUGACAAAAAAAAAUGGAAAAUGGUUAUGCACACUGCACUUGAGUAUGUAACAUAAUAUCAUACUAAAUAAUAACCACUUUCUCAAAAAAAAAGAAAAAAAAAGUGUCUCUUUUUUUAGUAUUAUUUCCAUAAUGAGUAAUGAAUUAUGCCUUCUCUUGAUGCAGACUCACUCUGUGUCCUAACCAGCCCCUAAAGCACUAAACACUGUCUCUGAAAAUCAGUGGUUUUGUCCAAACUGAACUCUACACAGCAAACGUCAGGACGUUUGGUCAGUCAGAUGAUUUCGAAUGACUUGUGCAGUCAGGUGAACAGUCAAUAAAGAACCAGUCUUGCCAGUUUUCAUUUCUUGUGGUGGAACAGAAAACUACUCAGGCAAGUAGAAGAUAGUCUUUGUUGCCGAUGUGGAUAAAUACAGCGGGUAAAGAAAAGAAUCACCCCCUAUAAAAUAUUCACAUUUUGUUACUUUGCAGCCUGAAAUGAAAAUGGACACAAUUUAAAUUCUCUUGAAUUACAGCCCUUUAAUUCAUUGGGAUAUGUCUCUACCAUCUUUGCACAUCUAAACUUUGCAAUAUUUAUAGAAUAUGAAACUGCAGAACAUUGUACCUAAUAUUUCAUUCCACCAACAUACCUUUCUAUCCAUUUUUAGUCAAAUAAAUAAAAAAUAAAAGAGUUAUUAGACUUACAUUUUGCCUGACUCUGAAAACUAUAUUCAAAUAUCACAUAGAGUUCAUUAAUAACUGAUUCUGUGCAGAACUUACUAAUUGUUCUAAAAAUAUAAGAUUCUGAAUUUGAUAGAUUUUUUUUUCAAAAAUGGUUUUUCUAUGGCAUUGCUGUUAAAAUCUGCUUUUGAAGCAUUUAUUUUUAAGAGUGAGACUGAUCUCCAGUGGGUUUGGUUACAAAUAAAACUUACUUUUUAGAGUAAUAAUUCAGUGUAGCUUCGAUGCAUCUUGCACUCAGUACACAAACAGAAACUGGUUUUAUUUGCUUUUUGUCAUAAGAAUAGCAUUUAUUCAGUUACUGGAUUGAUGGGUUUGCAAAGUAAAGAAGGAGUCAGAAGGAGAUAAGAGCACUCUGUCGUUUUUUUAAAGUGCUCUUUUUUUACUGUUUGCUCUCUCUGUCUUUCCUUCAUUUCACAGUAAGCACACACAUGUAAUUUUGCUGCUUGAAUUUAACUGAAUUAUACUGAAAUCAUCAUUUACAAAGCUAAAUAUAAACUGCUGUACAAUAUGCAACAUUAUUUUCAUUGUUCGUUUGACAGCUGGUUUCACUGUGGUUAGAGAUGGAGAAGGCAGUGAUGCCCCUUUGUUAUUUCUGCAUCACUCUGUCACCAUCCUCACUUUUUGUAUGUCAGUCUGUCUCUUAGAGAAUAGAAAGAGACUUUCUUUUUUCAAAUUCUGAACUGUGAGCGUCUCUGGCCUUGUUUAGAGUGUACCGCCGCCACUGGGGAGCUGUCCGCUGGGUACCACUAAAAUGAAAUGGUAGAAAUGUUCCUGUCCCUGGCUCUCUCAAGAGUGUGCGCACGUGUACAGGCGUGCAUGCAUGCAUCUGUCCAUUCCUCUUUGCAUCCGUGCAUUUGGAGGGAGAUUUGUUAGGAUGCGUUCCUGCUUUUACUAGCAGACCAGGCCAUGUGCAUUUUGUUUGUUAGAGUAAGUGAUCAUGUCUGCUUCUGUUCUGUGUCUGCUCGCUAAAUCACUCACACAGAUGGAGGAUUUAAACAAACACACAAACACACAUAAAGAUGAGCAUAAGAUGCAAUGGCCAAAAAGUGACAUGGCAUGGUAGUGUUUUCUGUUUUGAGCACUAAUGCAUUUGUAGUGAACCAGUCAUUAAAGGCAGGCUAAUUUUACAAGACGCUCUGAUUUAUGCAGACGUCUGAUUCAUUUAUCUGUCUCUUCAGCUUUGAAAGCUCAUUAGAUGUCAAGGCACUGUUGAAAUCGAUUUAUCGGUUGCCUUGUUUAGUUUUCUGGCACAAAUGCAGAUUCGCUAGUUCGCCUAACCUUGAGGUGAAGAAUGGAGGGCUUUAUGUAUGUUUGUGUUGAAAAAGAGGGCUGUAGAUCAGAAUCUUGGGAGAUAAUGAGACCAGUGGCUGAUUAUUUUUAUAUUUUUUUGGUAAUGUAUUAUCCUUAUUAUUUUGUUCUCCCAUAAGUAGCCCUGUCAGAGAUCUGAAAGAUGAACCAAGACCACACACGCACACUUCAUCUGUUUUUGCUCUCACGUCUUGCUCUAUUUCUCUAUAAACCCAGGGCGUGUGUACAGCCACCCACACCAAUUUACACUCUGAUGGAUCGGCCUUCGACGGGAAUGCAACAUAAUAAUGAUGUAUUUUGCAUCCUGAAGUAUGGAAACUGAGAUGAAAUACAGAGUCGGGUGUCUGUGCCCAUUCUGUCUGCCACUGCUCUCAACUCAACUUUUUUUAGUGUGCGUGUGUGUUCGUCUUUAUGAAUCGUUGCAGUUCACCAAUGUUGGCUUGAAGCACAAGUGUUCCAGAUCUGAAUCGUUUCAUAAUCAGACUGCUGACACAUCCAUCUCCCCAGAUCUGUGCAAGUGUCUGUCUGUCAUCUGUGAGAGAGUGCAUUGUUGCAUGUUCCAGACCCUUUUUGUGCUCUGCAAUGUAAAAAAUGUAUUGAACUGUUGAAAAAAGGAGAAAAGAAGUCUACAAAAUACCACUUUGUUUUUGAUUGUUCAUUAAAAGUUCAUACAAAA